AUCAAUUUUUCAUUUCACUUUCACCUUCAAGUCGGCUGUUUCACUGGAGACAACAAAAGAAAAAAGAAAUAGCAAGUAGAAGAAGCAGAGGUUUUAGAAGGGGUUUUCUGUUCUCCAACACAAACUUCUUAUGUAUUACACUUAUAUCAAUCGAACCCACAAAUUCAUUAUUCUGGUAACUCCAAUUCAGUCUUUCUUCUUCUCAAAUUCAUCAUAUUUAUUCUUUAAUCGAUUAGAACAAUUUGAUGUCCAGUAGUAAUAUCUCUUCACUCCCUGCAAAUUUGUCGCAGAAAUUUGACCCUUCUAUUCAAAUUCAUAAAUCAAGGAGUAAUUUUGUGAUAAACCCUUUUUUUAAUUCCACAGUUAUGUGGGAAAACUUUGCUAAGCAAGCAAUUUCAAGAACCCCUAGAUUAUGUUUUAAAAGUUUUUCUCUUUCACGUAAUUACAGCUUUUUAGGGGUUUCCUGUGAUUCAGUUAUUGCUGAGAAAUUGAAAUUUAGACCGUUUGAGUUGGGUUUUUGUAAAAAUGUAAACUUUCCUGAGUUGGGUUUUUGUAGAAAAGGUGGGCCAUUGGUGAAGGAAGAGAUGGGGGAGAGACCAAUUUUUGGGUGUUUGAGUAAUCAACCUAAUUUGAAGGUUCUAUGCCCUAAAGGGUAUGCUAGUGUUGUUGAGGCUGAAUUAGUCACUUCAAGUGAUUAUGAGGAUGAUGUUUCAGUUUUUGAUGAAAUUCAGGAGUUGGUGGAAGAGAUGAGGAAAGUGGAGAAGAGGGCAAAAUGGAGGGAUAUACGGCAAAGAAAGCCGAAAAUGGUGGCGGGUUUGCCAUCUUAUAGGUACCAAAUGCUUAGGAAUAGGCAGAUAAAGCUUGAGACUGAGUCAUGGCAACAGGCAGCAAAUGAGUAUAGGGAGCUUUUAGCUGAUAUGUGUAAGCAUAACUUGGCACCUAAUUUGUCGUAUGUGAAGUCGUUGUUUCUUGGUUGGUUUGAGCCAUUAAGAGAUAGCAUUAUGGAGGAGCAAGAAUUAAUCAGGCAAGGGAAGUUUAGAGCUGCAUAUGCACCUUAUUUUGACCAGUUACCUGCAGAUAUGAUGACAAUUAUAACAAUGCAUAAGUUGAUGGGAUUGCUCAUGACUGGAACUGGACAUGGAACUGCAAAGGUUGUUCAAGCUGCUUGUGCCAUAGGCGAGGCCAUUGAACAGGAAGUUAGGAUACACACGUUUUUAGAGAAAACAAAGAAAAAGAAGGGUGGCCAAAAUAUUAAAUCUGAUGAAGCUGGCUCUGAUGCUGAGAUUCAAGCACAACAACAUCUGAGGAAAAAUGUGAAUAAUUUAAUUAAGAAGCAAAAGCGGCGACAAGCCCUUAAAAUUGUCGAUUCUCAAGGUGACUUGAAGCCUUGGGGUUCAGAUGCAAGGGCUAAGGUUGGGAGCCGUCUGAUUGAGUUGCUGGUCAAAACAGCAUAUAUACAACCUCCAGCUAGUCAGUCAGCUGGUGAUCCUCCUGACAUUCGACCUGCAUUUGUGCACUCAUUAAGAAAUGUUGGUCCUGAGAACAAGAAAACCAGCCGAAGAUUUGGGGUAAUUGAAUGUGAUCCACUGGUUAUCAAAGGUUUAGAGAAAACUCCAAUGCACAUUGUGAUCCCCUAUAUGCCAAUGCUGAUACCACCAGAAAAGUGGACCGGUUAUGAUAGAGGUGCAUACUUGGUUUUGCGAUCAUUUGUCAUGAGAACUCAUGGAUCCAAACAUCAGCGAGAAGCAGUUAAGAGGGCCUCUGCAGAACAGCUAGAACCAGUCUUUGAGGCCUUGGAUACCCUUGGAAACACUAAAUGGAGAGUGAAUAAAAAGGUGCUUAGCAUUGUAGAUAGGAUAUGGGCUAAUGGAGGUCGUUUGGCUGACUUAGUUGACCGGGAUGAUGUUCCUUUGCCAGAAAAGCCAGAUGAAGAAGAUGAAUCCGAUCUUAAGAAAUGGAAGUGGAAAGUCAGAUCUGUGAAAAAAGAGAAUCAAGAGCGACACUCACAACGGUGCGAUGUAGAACUCAAACUUGCGGUUGCUCGGAAAAUGAAGGAUGAAGAAGGCUUCUUUUAUCCACAUAAUGUUGAUUUUCGUGGUCGAGCAUAUCCCAUGCACCCAUACUUAAACCAUCUAGGGUCGGACAUGUGUCGAGGUGUUUUAGAGUUUGCAGAGGGUCGUGCUCUUGGAAAAUCAGGAUUGCGCUGGUUGAAAAUACAUUUGGCGAAUCUAUAUGCUGGUGGCGUCGACAAAUUAUCUCUUGAGGGUCGUGUAGCAUUCACAGAGAACCAUUUGGAUGAUAUAUUUGACUCUGUGGACAAGCCACUGGAAGGAAGGUGUUGGUGGUUGAAAGCGGAAGAUCCUUUUCAAUGUUUGGCUGUUUGUAUUGAUUUAUCUGAAGCUUUGAGAAGUCCCUGCCCCGAGGCAUAUAUUUCACAUAUUCCCGUUCAUCAGGAUGGCUCAUGCAAUGGAUUACAACAUUAUGCUGCUCUUGGGAGAGAUAAGUUGGGAGCAGCUGCGGUCAAUCUUGUUGCUGGUGAAAAGCCUGCGGAUGUUUAUUCAGGCAUAGCUGCUGGGGUUCUUGCCAUCAUGCAGGCAGAUGCAGAGAAAGAUCCUGCCGUAUUUUCAGACGCUGUGCAUGCGAGGAAUCUGAUUAAUCAGGUAGACAGGAAAUUGGUCAAGCAGACAGUGAUGACCUCAGUGUAUGGUGUCACAUAUAUUGGUGCUAGAGACCAGAUCAAGAGGAGAUUGAAGGAACGUGAUGCAUUCAGUGAUCAAGCAGAGCUUUAUGGUGCAGCUUGUUAUGCCGCCAGAACUACAUUAACAGCGUUGGGGGAGAUGUUUCAAGCUGCCCGUAGUAUUAUGAGCUGGCUUGGUGAAUGUGCAAAGAUUAUUGCACUGGAAAAUCAGCCCGUGAGGUGGAGAACGCCACUGGGUCUUCCUGUCGUGCAACCUUACUGCAAGAAAGGCAGACAUCUUAUCAGAACCUCCCUUCAGAUGCUGACACUGGAAAGGGAGACCGAAAAGAUUAUGGUUAAGCGACAGAGGUCCGCUUUCCCACCAAAUUUUGUUCAUUCACUUGAUGGGUCGCAUAUGAUGAUGACUGCAGUGGCCUGCAAAAGGGCGGGAUUAAACUUUGCAGGAGUUCAUGAUUCAUAUUGGACACAUGCAUGUGAUGUAGAUCAGAUGAGCAGGAUACUUCGUGAAAAAUUUGUUGAACUUUAUGAGCAACCAAUAUUGGAAAAUUUAUUGGAAAGUUUCCAGCAAUCUUUCCCCACACUAUCCUUUCCCCCUCUGCCUGAGCGAGGAGACUUUGAACUUAGAGAAGUUCUAGAUUCUCCAUAUUUCUUCAACUAAGCGCGCUUACAAGGUGGUACUGGUUUCUGCUUUUUUGACGAGAAGCCACUGAGAUAAUCUCCAACACUUUCCAAGCCCAAGGCCCUGCAUUGUAAAAUGACUACACAUUUCGUAAUAGGUUAGAGGAGUUUAGUCUUUGAUUCGAGCUAUUCUUGACAUUCUUUAUAGAUGAAUAUAUAAUGAAUGUAGUUAAGAUAGAUAGGUGAUGUCUUGUAUGUAAUGUACAGAAUUAUAGGUUCCUCUGAUAAAGUGUCAUGUUAUACAAACUCAUUGUACAUAUCUGAAACUAUGAGAUUGAAGUACUCUCCUCUAUUGUAUCUAGAUGACUUGAGAAUUAGUUCACUUUUUUUGGCUGUAAUAUGGGUAAUUUCUUUUGUUAUCUAGCUUAGAAUCUUCAGUUUUUUUUUGUUACUUAAUGUAUCAAUUCGAUGUUAUUUGUAGUUAGUUUAUUUGAACUUCUAUCAUAUAAUUUUCAUGCUUCCAUUCGUCAUUA